GUUGCUGGGCGGGGCGACGGGGGCGUGCGGCCCGCGGGAGCCGGAGCUGGAGCGGCGCGGCGGGGCCGGGAAGAUGUGGCGGCCGUCACAGCUCUGCGGCUUCCACUCUGCCCUGCUGCACAGCAGGCGGAACCCCUGGCGGUCCCCCCCUGCCUUCCCCAGGAGAAACAUCAGGGUCCUGCCCGCAAGUUGGUCCUUCAGACCCCAGCCCCUAUGGAGGAAGGCGCUCUCUGCCACGAUGCUGGGGGUACCCCUGCUACUUGGGGCCCGCUAUUUCACAGCAGAGCCUCAGGAGAAGAGAAGGAUGAGGCUUGUAGUGGACGGCGUGGGGCGCUUCAGCAGGUCUCUGAGGAUAGGCCUACAGAUCUCCCUGGACUACUGGUGGUGUGCAAACGUCGUCCUGCGUGGGGUGGAAGAGAACAGCCCGGGGUACUUGGAGGUGAUGUCUGCAUGUCACCAGCGGGCGGCUGAUGCCCUGGUCGCCGGGGCCAUCAGCAACGGGGGCCUGUACGUGAAGCUGGGCCAGGGGCUGUGCUCCUUCAACCACCUGCUGCCCCCGGAGUAUAUCAGGACUCUACGUGUGCUGGAGGACAGGGCCCUCACGCGCGGGUUCCAGGAGGUGGACGAGCUGUUCCUCGAGGACUUCCAGGCCUUGCCCCACAAACUCUUUCGGGAGUUCGACUAUCAGCCCAUCGCCGCCGCAAGCCUGGCCCAGGUGCACCGAGCCAAGCUGCACGAUGGCACGGAGGUGGCCGUGAAGGUGCAGUACAUCGAUCUGCGGGACCGCUUUGACGGCGACAUCCACACCCUGGAGCUCCUGCUCCAGCUCGUCGAGUUCAUGCACCCCAGCUUUGGCUUCAGCUGGGUCCUCCAGGACCUGAAGGGCACCUUGGCGCAGGAGCUGGACUUCGAGAACGAGGGCCGAAAUGCCGAGCGCUGUGCCCGGGAGCUGCAGCACUUCCGCUAUAUCGUGGUCCCCCGCGUGCACUGGGACACGUCCAGCAAGCGUGUGCUGACGGCUGAAUUCUGCGAAGGCUGCAAGGUCAGCGAUGUGGAGGCCAUCAAGUGCAUGGGGCUGGCGGUGAAGGAUAUCGCAGAGAAGCUCAUCCAGGCUUUUGCGGAGCAGAUAUUUUACACAGGCUUCAUCCACUCGGACCCCCACCCUGGCAAUGUUCUGGUGCGGAAAGGCCCCGACGGGAAGGCCCAGCUGGUGCUGCUGGACCACGGGCUCUACCAGUUUCUGGACAAGAAGGACCGGUCGGCCCUGUGCCAGCUAUGGCGGGCCAUCAUUCUCAGGGACGAUGCCGCCAUGAAGACACAUGCAGAGGCACUCGGAGUGCGAGACUACUUCCUCUUCUCCGAGAUGCUCAUGCAGCGGCCCGUACGCCUGGGGCAGCUGUGGGGCUCACACCUGCUCAGCCGGGAGGAGGCAGCCUACAUGCAGACCAUGGCGCAAGAGCACUUUGAGGACAUCAUGGGGGUGCUCAAAGCCCUGCCACGGCCCAUGCUGCUCGUGCUGCGCAAUAUCAACACCGUGCGUGCCAUCAACACCGCCCUGGGCACCCCUGUGGACCGCUACUUCCUCAUGGCCAAGAGUGCGGUCAGGGGCUGGACCCGCCUGGCAGAUGCAGCGUACCAGAGCCUCUACGGUGCCAGCCUCCUGCGCCACAGCAGGGUCAUCUGGGAAAUGUUCAAGUUUGAAGUGGCCCUGAGGCUGGAGACCCUAUCGAUGCGGCUCACCGCCCUCCUGGUUCGGCUCUUGGUCCACCUGGGCCUCCUGCCUGAGACCCAGGGGCUCUCUGAGUACUUGGAGACCUAGGGAGUCCCGGAGGCAAGAGCUCAUCCAGCGCCGGACCGACAGAGCUGGCCAGGGCUGGAAGUGCACACACCCCGAGACCUGGGGCGCUGAAGCAGCUGUGGCCUAGAGUGUGUGUGUGUGUGGGGGGG